AUGGACAAGCUGCCGGUAGAGAUCCUAACCAAAAUCAUCAACCUUCUCACCCCUCGUGAGAAGGUGCAGCUGCAACUGGUUUGCAAAAAGUUCUUCGACCUUGCACGCGAUAACAACCUUUGGAAAUUACAUUGCUAUGAGCAGUCAUGGGCUGCGCUACAAUCCGCCGGUCCGGCUGGCCGGACUUCCGAGAGUCUUCUUUCAAACCCAACGGCACCAUUGAGUACACUAGGGCAGAGCUCGCUGCGUGAUCUGAUUCAACCUCUGGCUCCGCAGCCGGGAAAUGGUGGAUUAGAGGAGCGGGACUUUUCGCCGAGCGAGAUAGCGAGGGCGGCCGCAGAUUGGGAUUCUUCGGCGGAGGGAGAACACGUGGAUUGGUAUUCAGAAUAUAUUGCCCGCCAUGGGCCUAUGUCUCUAUCAUGGGCGGAGCAGCCUAUGCUACAAAAUGGUGAGGGUCGGAGGAAACAUCCACAUGAAGUCAAGGGCAUGGGUUUGCUGAAGGACUGGAGCUCUGCGAGGGAGAACAAGAUUGUGGCGCCUCUUGAGGAUGGUACCGUCUGCAUUUGGGAUCUAAAUCAUUCCCACCGCGCGGAUUCACAAUCGACUAAAGGCAAAAUUCUUGGCAUGAGUGAGCCAGGCGUUCUCAUGGCCAAUCUUUCUAGACGGAGAGAGCAUUCGCCUUCGAAAUCUUCGUUGGAAUUCAUCAACCUUGGAGAAGGUGUCAGUAUAGAUUCGUUCCGGCGACGAGCCUAUCUUGCUGUUGGCAACGUCCUCAAUGAGGUUGAUCUGGAGACGUUGAGGGUUGUUUCGCAGCAGCGAUACCCUUGGUCGAUCUUUGCACUGUCGCAAGAGACCGAUUAUUCAGUGCCGCUGACACUAGCUACUACACUCAGUCUUCAGAUUCAUGAUGCCCGAUUAUCCGCAGUAGAAGAAGAGGAGGCUAUCAGCUUGCGGUGCGAGAAGAACUCCGCGCUAUUAGUGCCAGAGUUGGACAUAUUUGCUCGCGCAGACUCGCCAUUACUACAACUGCAACCAAAUGGACAGCCUCCCACUCGCAUUCGCAGCCCUGAACCUACGGCCAGGGAGAACUAUGCCCCUCUCUUCCAGCCUGGGCCACUUUCGAUUCUACACCCCCCAGCCCCCCAUGUUAACUCCAUUCUUCUUGCGGGCCGUUUCCCCAGCAUCCUCUGCUAUGACCGGCGCUUCUUCCCUCGAUUGCAAAGUACUGUGCAUUCUGGCGGUCGGCUAUGCAGUCUUGCCUCUGCUCCAGAGCCUCGGUUCCCCGUCUUCUCAGAUUCGACAUACCCACAAUCCCAUGCCAUUGUGGCCUGUGGCGAGUACAAUGGCAGAGGCUCGCUAGAAUUAUACCGCCUGGAGUCUUCAUCACAAGACUGCAAUGGCAGCCCAUCCCAUCAUACAUCGCUAUUGACGCCAGAAUAUAGGAAUCGACAAAGCGCAGCUAGUUCCAAGCUGCUCUCUGUGGCGUCACAUGGGAACCGCCUCGUCUACUCCGACUCCGAGGGGAACAUCAAAUGGGUUGAACGAAAUGGCCGGUCAGAAGUCCGCCGCUGGAACAUUAACACCUCUCAACCACAAAUUUCGUGCUCUCGACGCAGUCAACCACCGUCAUUUGCACAACCAGAGGAAGCCUCCAUGCCUCGUGGACUAUGGCCGAGCUCAAACCCGCAGAACAAUAGCAGCGAGGUAGCGCGUAAAAUCCUACCCACCGGUGGAAACCUCUCAGGCGACGAACUGUUAAUAUGGACUGGAGAGCGCAUUGGCCGUCUCAAGUUCUCCAUACCGGCCGAUCUUGAUCGUGGCAUGGGGGACAAUGAGGAUGAUUUGUUCAUGCAUGCAGAGGUGGACGAAGACACCCGCACAGCAAUGCGAAAAAAGCACCGUGACGAGUGGGAGAAGGAACAAAGGUAUGCGAAUAUGAUGCGUCGGGCACUUGAGCGGCAGGCCGAUGAAGUUCGAUGGAUGGGGACCGAUGGGAUGAGUUGA